CACAUAUAAAUAAGACGUAGCUGUCAUUCCAGGAAAUCUGCUACUGCUGGGUCUAGUAAAGUGACUCUGAAAAUGAGGAGGCUGUGCCGGGAUCCCCCAUCUGUUUUACAGCUGGAAGCGUGGCUAGAUGUCUACAAAGGAGAUUUACACCACGUGGACCAAGUGUUCCCAAAUCUGUACCUGGGGGACGUAGUUAUCGCUGAAGACAAGAGCAAACUGAAGAAAAUGGGUAUCACCCACAUUCUGAAUGUGGCUCAUUCUGCUUGGGAGUGUAAAGGAGAUGAUAUUGUGUAUGGCCCUUAUAUACAGUACUAUGGCAUCACUGCGGAAGACUGUCCGGAGUUUAAAAUCAGUACGUUUCUGCGGCCUGGAGCACAGUUUAUUCACGAGGCUCUAAGUACACCCAAUGGAAAGAUUCUGGUCCACUGUGUGAUGGGCAAGAGCCGAUCAGCCACCCUGGUCCUUGCUUACCUAAUGAUUUACCAACAAUUCACCCUGGAAGAAGCCAUCCGCCAUGUCUGCCGGUUCCGCUGCAUUGCUCCAAAUCGUGGCUUCCUAGAGCAGUUGAGACAGCUAGAAAUGGAGUUGCAGUGCAGGCGAUGUUGUAUCCUCUGAAGGCUCAGGAGCAUCUGGAAUCUGAAAAAUGGAUGUAAAUGUUAUACCCUUUCUUUAUCCAAGUGAUAUCUACAAGUCUUUUAGUGUUUCUCUCCAAUAUUGAGAUUUAUAUUCAUAAUAUCC